CCAAAGUGGGUGAAUGUGCACAUCUAACGGCACCCACCUCUCACUCUUUAUGGUUUGUACUUAAGAGUUGAUGCUUAAUAAACCAAAGAAAGAAACCCCCACUGCACUGCACACAGCUAGCAAUGUGGAGUGCUAAAGAAACCAUGUUUUCAGGAAUUGCACAGAAUGGAGGAAGCAGCGAUGAGGAGGCACUCAUCAAGGCUGCAUUGCAGAGGUCUCCCACUGUCUUUCGUUCCCGCAAUUCGGUCUUUAUAGGGCCGGAAGGAGGUGAGGUUACGGUGCUGGAUGUCCGGCGCCUCCAAGAGUCGCAGCGGGAGCAAGUGCUUCAGAAGCUGAUGGCGGUCAUCGAUGGGGACAUUGACUUAUUUUUCACAAGAGCGAGGCAGAGAUUCGAGGCAGUUGAUUUAGAAUUCCCAAAGGUCGAAGUUCGAUUUCAAGAUCUCAAGGUGGAUGCAUUUAUCCAUGAAGGGAGUAGAGCAUUGCCAACUAUCCCCAAUUCCAUAUUGAACACGACCGAGGCUUUGUUGAGAAAGCUCAGGGUUUUUUCGAGCCAGAGACGAAAGAGACUGUCCAUCCUAAAUAACAUCAGCGGUGUUCUACGGCCUUCAAGGCUGACUCUUCUUCUCGGUCCUCCAAGCUCUGGGAAGACCACGUUGCUUUUGGCUCUCGCUGGACGCCUUGGUUCUGGUUUGAAGAUGUCAGGGAAGAUUACAUACAACGGGCAUUGUCUGAAGGAGUUUGUGCCUCAGAGAACGUCAGCUUACGUCAGCCAAAAGGAUUGCCACAUUGCAGAGAUGACAGUGAGGGAGACUGUCGAGUUCUCUGGGCAAUGUCAGGGCAAUGGCUUUAAGCAUGAUUUGCUUAUGGAACUGUUGAGAAGGGAGAAAGUUGCCAGAAUAACCCCUGAUCCUGAUAUUGAUAUGUUUAUUAAGGCAGUAGCACUUGGAGAGCAGACAAGCACAGUUGUGGAUUACAUUUUAAAGAUUUUAGGAUUGGAUACUUGUGCUAAUACAUUGGUGGGUGAUGAAAUGCUCAAAGGGAUCUCAGGGGGGCAAAAGAAGCGUCUCACAACAGGUGAAUUGCUUGUGGGAACUUCAAGGGUACUGUUAAUGGAUGAGAUUUCAACGGGCCUCGACAGUUCAACCACCUACAAAAUCAUCAGAUAUCUAAAGCAUUCAACUCAUGCUUUCAGUGGGACCACACUAGUUUCUCUCUUGCAACCGGAUCCUGAGACUUACAGCCUGUUUGAUGAUGUGAUUCUGCUGUGUGAAGGACAGAUUAUAUAUCAGGGUCCACGAGAAAGUGCUCUUGAUUUCUUCGCAUUUACGGGUUUUAAAUGCCCUCCAAGAAAAAACGUUGCUGACUUUCUGCAAGAGGUUACAUCUGAGAAGGACCAGAGGAAGUAUUGGUUCCUUAAUAGCCAGUACCACUAUAUACCUGCUACGAAAUUUGUAGAAAGCUUCCAGACCUUUCACGUUGGUAACUCUUUGAUGGAUGAGCUGAAAACUCCAAAUGCAAAGCAUUGCAGUAACUCAGGAGCAUUGUCAACUACAACUUAUGGUGUAACAAAAGCCAAGAUCCUAAAGAUUGGCUUCCAAUGGCAGAUGCUACUUCUAAAGCGGAACGUGUUUGUUUUUGCUUUUAAAUUCAUCCAGCUCUUUAUGAUCAUUUCGAUCAUGAUGAGUGUAUUUUUCCGGUCAACAAUGCAUCAUGAUACACUUGAAGAUGGAGCUAUCUAUCUCGGUGCACUCUACUUUGCAAUCCUUAUGGUUCUUUUCAAUGGCUUUUUGGAGGUUCCCAUGAUCAUAGCCAAGCUCCCGGUCCUUUAUAAGCACAGAGAUCUUCGGCUAUACCCAUGUUGGGCAUUUACCUUUCCCUCUUGGAUUUUGAGUAUCCCUACCUCACUUGCUGAAUCUGUGAUAUGGGUUGCAGCCACAUAUUAUACAGUUGGCUUUGAUCCUCAAAUAAUAAGAUGCCUGAAGCAAUUUCUUGUGUAUUUUUCAUUGCACCAAAUGUCAAUAGGCCUUUUUCGUGUGAUGGCAUCAUUAGGCCGAAAUAUGGUAGUUGCUAACACGUUUGGAUCAUUUGCAAUGUUGGUAGUCAUGGCACUUGGUGGGUUUGUUCUGUCCAGAGAUAGCAUCCCCAGUUGGUGGAUAUGGGGUUACUGGGUUUCUCCUUUGAUGUAUGCUCAAAAUGCAGCUUCGGUGAAUGAGUUUCGAGGCCAUUCUUGGGAUAAGAAUGUUGGGGGCUCUGCUUUGCCAUUGGGAAAGGUGUUAAUGAAGGUCCGCAGCUUAUUUUCAGAAGAUUACUGGUAUUGGAUUGGAGUUGGUGCCUUGCUAGGAUAUACAGUCUUGUUCAACAUUCUCUUCACAAUAUUUCUGACUUACCUUAACCCGAUUGGGAGCCAACAAACAGUUGCUCCUAAGAGGAAGCUAAGAAUUUGCCAAGAAAAUGAAUCCAGUAGCGUCAUUGAGCUCUCAGAGUAUUUGCAGCACUCACACUCCUAUACAGGAAAGGACGUGAAGAACGGCAUGGUUCUUCCAUUUCAGAGUCUUUCCAUGUCUUUCAGUAACAUCAACUACUACGUGGAUAUCCCUCUGGAACUUAAGAGGGAUGGGGUAGUGGACGAUCGACUGCAGUUAUUGGUGAACGUUAGUGGGGCAUUCCGUCCCGGGGUGCUUACUGCUUUAGUUGGGGUUAGUGGUGCUGGAAAAACUACACUGAUGGAUGUUUUAGCGGGUAGGAAAACUGGUGGGCAUAUUGAAGGUAAUAUAUACAUUUCGGGUCAUCCCAAGAAGCAAGAAACUUUUGCAAGAGUCUCCGGUUACUGCGAGCAGAAUGAUGUUCAUUCCCCAUGCUUAACUGUCAAUGAGUCCAUACUUUUUUCUGCUUGGCUCCGUCUAUCCUCUCAAAUUGAUUUGAAAACACAAAAGGCUUUUGUGGAAGAGGUUAUGGAGUUGGUUGAAUUGACUCCGUUAGGGGGGGCGUUAGUUGGCCUUCCGGGGGUUGAUGGGCUGUCAACUGAGCAAAGAAAACGCUUGACAAUUGCUAUCGAACUUGUUGCCAACCCUUCCAUAGUUUUCAUGGAUGAACCUACCUCAGGACUCGACGCAAGAGCUGCUGCUAUUGUGAUGAGAACAGUUAGGAAUAUUGUUGACACUGGAAGGACCAUUGUUUGCACAAUUCAUCAACCCAGCAUAGAUAUCUUUGAAGCAUUUGAUGAGCUUUUGCUUAUGAAACGAGGUGGGGAGCUCAUCUAUGGUGGUCCAUUGGGAACCGAGUCACAGAAACUUAUUCAGUAUUUCGAGGCAAUUGAGGGGGUUCCUAAAAUCCGAGCUGGAUACAACCCUGCAGCUUGGGUUCUUGAGGUCACGUCUCCUGCAGAGGAAAGCCGUCUUGAUUUAGACUUUGCCCAAGUUUAUCGUAAAUCAUAUCUGUUUCAGGAAAAUAAGGAUAUGGUGGAGAGAUUAAGCAAACCAAAUGCAGAUUCACUGGAAUUAAAUUUCCCAAGAAAGUAUUCCCAAACACUUUCUGGUCAGUUUUGGGCAUGUCUUUGGAAGCUGAACUUGUCUUACUGGCGAAACCCACAGUACACUGCCGUGCGCUUCUUCUACACAGUCAUCAUCUCGUUGAUGUUUGGAUCUAUAUGCUGGAAAUUUGGCUCCAAAAGGGAUACUCAACAAGAUAUACUGAAUGCCAUGGGAUCAAUGUAUGCAGCCGUUCUUUUCAUUGGAAUAACAAACGCCUCUUCGGUUCAACCUGUGGUUUACACUGAAAGAUUCGUUUCCUAUCGGGAAAGAGCAGCAGGGAUGUAUUCUGCUCUACCGUUUGCUUUUGCACAGGUUACAGUUGAGUUCCCUUAUGUGUUCAUACAAACACUCAUCUACAGCUCUAUAUUUUACUCCAUGGCAUCUUUCGAGUGGAGUUCUUGGAAGUUUUUUUGGUACAUAUGUUUCAUGAUCCUCACCUUACUAUACUUCACUUUGUUUGGGAUGAUGACUACUGCUGUCACUCCAAACCACAACAUUGCUGCGAUCGUUGCUGCACCGUUCUAUAUGAUGUGGAACCUCUUCAGCGGGUUCAUGAUUUCUCGCAUGAGAAUCCCUAUAUGGUGGAGAUGGUACUACUGGGCAAAUCCGGUUGCUUGGAGUCUGUAUGGACUUUUGACAUCUCAGUAUGGGGAUGUAAAUGACUAUGUGAAACUGCCUGAUGGCGUUACUUCUGUGCCAAUCAAAGAGUUUCUCCGGCAGCAGUUUGGGUUCAGGCAUGAGUUCCUUGGUGUCGCUAUUUUUGCCGUGGCCGGUUUCUGCCUUAUAUUUGCAGUUACUUUCGGCUUCGCUAUCAAAUACUUCAACUUCCAAAGAAGAUGAAGGCCGCUGUGGUGGCUAACAUCUUUACACAGAAUCACAAAUGAGAUGAAUAGAUGAUUGAUUCUUCAGUUUCGGUUAUGACUUAUGAAAGAGAGAAAGAACAACGACCAAACCUAGCAUUGCUGCAGAUUAAUAAUGGUAGCAGCAUAUAUAGAAAUAGGGUGCAUGUGUUUCAGGGCUGGUAUGUAUAAUGCAAGUCUGAAUAUUUCUUUAAAGUUUAAAAGUCAAGGAAAAUGAUUUACAUCUUCACUACAGUUUGUAUAGUAUACAACAAGUUAAUAAACAUCACUAUUUAUUUACAUAUUGCAUUAUUCCCUUUUGGGAUUAUUAUUUGAAAAAAAAAACACAUGAAUAAACAGAAUAAUCCAAACUAUUUGUGGUCUUCCCAUGGAAUUUUAUUUUCACGGGAAAAUAAUCCAAAUAAACAAAAAGAAAAAGAAAAAAGGAGACGAAAUCAUGGAUGAAGGAAGCAAGAAGCCUGGUGAAAGUGUUGGUGAAGAUGAACAACCUGGCAUCCAGCUUUUUUCUUUUUCUUUUUGAUUUUUUUACCUGUUGUGCAAGUUGCAGGUAACCCAGAUCAUGUAUACUUUGAAUUAAUAUUAAAAGACGAUUAAUGGUUGGGAUUAUUCAUGUGACCUUUUUCUUAUUAUUUUGACGAUUACUAUUAAUGUGACGGAGCCAAUUUUCUCCUA